UGAGCCGCCGUAGUGCGUCACAUGUUGAGCAGGGUCUGCUAGUGGAUGCUAACGAAAGCUUGAUAAAAAUCUGUAAAUUCAAAGGCAAAGACGAAGAAUUAUCGCGAAACCCGUGCCGUUGCUGUCGACACGCUGUGCUUCGCUUUGAAAUGUCCUAACACCUGCGUGUAUUGUCGGAUAAAACGGAGCCUGUUAAUGUUUUAUUUAUUCUGACAUGCUAACGUAGCUAGCCUGUCUGCUAGCCAGGAAGAGUUGACAUCUCGCCGUUGGCUUCAGAGGCCUUUCGUGCUCACCUAAAUCAGAGAACGGUGCCAUGUAAGUCUUACCCGAGUCAUUACCAGAGCAGAGCUCCAGAUGCGGCUAAAGGACCCCUUCUCUUUGAAAGCCGCUGAAAUGACUAAGCGGACUAAUAAACCGAGAAAACCUCGAGAUGAGGAGUCAUCAGAUGAAGUCAGUGGGCUGACUUGCCAGCAUGUGAGUAAGGCAGUGGACCUGAGCUCAGUGAAGAAGUCAGUGCUGUCCAGCGUGUGGUUGGUGUGUUCUGAGUGCCUAAAGGAGAGGACUAUGAUCGAUGGAGAGCCAGCAGCAUCCCAUGACAUCGUGGUGUGCUUAAAGUGUGGUUUCCAGGGCUGUAACCAGUCAGGGAUCCAGCAUGCUGUCAAGCACCACCAAGCUUUCCAUCCAGAGUCUCACUGCAUCACUAUCAGCCUGAGCACAUGGAAGGCCUGGUGUUUUGAAUGUAAUGAGGAGCUAUCCACUCACUGCAACAAAAAGGCUUUGGCUCAGACCCUGGACUUUUUACAAAAGCACUCUGCCAAGGCUACGUCAGGAGCGUCACCCAAGAUCAUCAAGUUGCAAGAGGAACCAUCAGAUUAUACUGACCCACCUAAAGGGAAGAGUCCAGCUAUCAACAGCACCUUGGUCCCUGUCAAAGGCAUAAAUAACCUUGGUAACACCUGCUUCUUCAACGCUGUCAUGCAGAACCUGUCUCAGACACACAUGCUCAUCGACCUCAUCCAGGAAGUGAAGGAGAAAGGGUACAAGCUGAGGAUCUGCCCCCCUGUCGAGACCAAUCUGAGUCCACUGACAGUAACGCUGCCCAGUCCAGAGCCCCUGACUUCGGCCAUGUUUCUCUUCCUCCAGAGCAUGAAAGAACCAGGGAAAGGCCCGCUCAAUCCCAAGAUCCUCUUCAACCAGCUCUGCCAGAAGGCUCCACGCUUUAAGGGCUACCAACAACAAGACAGCCAGGAGCUUCUGCACUACCUAAUGGACUCCAUACGAGUAGAGGAAACUAAAAGAGUAAAAGCGGGAAUCCUGAAGGCUUUCAACAAUCCCACAGAGAAGACAGCAGACGAGGACACCAAACGCCAAGUCAAAGCAUACGGGAAGGAAGGUGUGAGGAUGAAUUUUGUCGACCGCAUCUUUGUAGGCGAGCUGACCAACACGAUCAUGUGCGAGGAGUGUGAGCAUAUCUCCACAGUGAAGGAGGCAUUCAUAGACAUCUCUUUACCCAUCAUAGAGGAACGGAUAUCGAAACCAUCCAACCCCGGUCGGCUGGGGAAAGGCAGCCGGGAGCAGGACGCCCACGUGACUCACAGUGACCAGAUUCUUUCUGCAGCACACUCUGUCAACAGAAACACCAGGAAGCUGAGCGGACAGAAGCAGCAGACCAGGAGGUCUUCAAGCUCUGUGGAGGAAAAGGGAGCCGGCUGCAGCGCAGAGCGGCCAGAGGAGGACGGGGUAGCUGCUGGAUCAGCCCGCGGUGUCUCAGUUUGCAAGAUGGCUGCUGCCGGCAGCCUAUCAGAUGGCAGUGAAAGAGACUCAGGUGCUCAGGACAGCAGCAAUGACGCUGACAGCGAGGCCUCAGAGAGCGAGUGGGCCCCACGGCCCGCCUCCUCCAGUCACAGCCACGGUCACAUGUCUACCCCGUCGUCCACUUCCACCCUCACUCCAUCUCCUACGCCCCUCUCUGCCUCCUCUCCUUCGUCGUCAUCCUCUACAAGGCAAGGUGGUGCCGUAGAGCAGCUAGUUACAGCAGUGUCUAAAGUCAACCUUGCAUUCUCUUCUGGGGACUGCUCUCCUGCCCCACACUGUUUUCCAGAGGAGCAGGGGGAAACGCAGUCACGAGAUAACCUCCACCAUCAACACCACCAGGGGGCCUUCCAGGCACUGUCACAUAGUUACACACCCAGCUCCAAGGAGUGCUCCAUCCAGUCGUGCCUCCACCAGUUUACCUCUGUGGAACUGCUGAUGGGCAACAACAAGCUGCUGUGCGAGAGCUGCACUGAACGCAGACAGAAACAGCUGCGCAAGAGCAGCUCAGCCGACAAGAAGGCGGAAAAGAUUUACACCAGCGCUCGGAAGCAAAUGCUGAUAUCCUCGCUUCCUCCUGUCAUCACAUUACAUCUUAAACGCUUCCAUCAGGCAGGGAUGAACUUACGAAAAGUGAACCGUCAUGUUGACUUUCCCCUCAUCUUGGAUCUGGCUCCAUUCUGUUCAGCAUCCUGCAAGAAUCUGGCAGCCGGUGAGCGUGUCCUCUACAGCCUGUAUGGGAUUGUCGAACAUAGUGGCUCAAUGCGGGGGGGCCACUACACUGCAUAUGUAAAAGUGCGUGCUCCCCAGAGGAAGACAGAGCAGCACCAUCGGAACCUGUCAGGUGCGAGGGAUGCCGGCAGCAGCUCCCAGGGCCAGUGGGUGUACAUCAGUGAUACCACCGUUCAGACGGUACCAGAGUCAAGGGUUCUCAACUCUCAGGCAUAUCUGCUCUUCUACGAGGAGAUGCUCUAAUGUGACCGGAGAAAGUAUUUUUUUCCCUAGACCUCUGUCAUGCUUUAUAUUUUUUUUGGUACAUGCCUGUACUACUCCUCUUACUGUACUCGUAAACAGGUGGAGAGAAGAAAAGGGAAAGACUUCACUGUACAUUCACUUGUCUUACAUGAGAGGAAUGACCGUUGUGUCUUUUGCAUAGAAAAUCUCAGUUCCCAUUGAGAAUUCUAAAUAUCUUAGAUAUAUAAAAGAUAAACAUCAGAUGUUCAUAGUUAUUAUUAUCUGCUUUGAUAUAGCCCAGAUUUUCAUUCAUGUUUCCUGUUUUAAAUCCUAUCCUUUAAAAAGAGAAAAGGGAGAAAAGAGUGACUGAAGCCUGAGCUGUCCUAAGUCCAUCAUCACGAUGUCUGAGGCAGCUGCAUGAGGGAGUCUCGCUACAGUAACUAACAGGAAACAAACAGAAUGACCGCAUGCUAAACUGCUCUCAGCACUGACUAGUUGAUGUCGUGUGUGUGUGUGUGUGUGUGUGUGUGUGUGUGUGUGUGUGUGUGUGUGUGUGUGUGUGUGUGUGUGU